GGUGGGAGGGGAACGUCCGCUAGGUGUUGUGGUCCCGGGGCCGGGAGCACCUGGGUUAGCGACUGCGCAUGCCCAUUCGGACUCAACUACCUGAAUAAGGAGGGCCUCAGCAUCAGCUCAGACCAUGUGGACUGCAGAUGAGAUUGCUCAGCUGUGCUAUGACCACUAUCGGAUCAGGCUGCCCAAGCAGGGGAAGCCUGAGCCAAACCGUGAGUGGACAUUAUUGGCAGCUGUGGUGAAGAUACAAUCUCCAGCUGACCAGGCCUGUGGCACCCCUGAUAAGCCAGUGCAAGUGACGAAGGAAGUUGUCUCAAUGGGAACAGGAACAAAAUGCAUUGGCCAGUCCAAAAUGAGGGAGAAAGGAGAUAUCCUCAAUGAUAGCCAUGCUGAGAUCAUAGCCAGAAGGAGUUUCCAAAGGUACCUGCUCCAUCAGCUCCAAUUGGCAGCCACCCUGAAAGGAGAUAGUAUCUUUGUCCCAGGAACUCAAAGAAGACUGUGGAAACUCAGACCAGACCUUUUUUUUGUGUUUUUCUCCAGCCAUACACCCUGUGGGGAUGCCUCCAUCAUUCCAAUGCUUGAGUUUGAAGAUCAACCUUGCCCUCCUGCCAGCAGAGAUUGGGCCAACAACCCAUCAGGAGAAGCCAUUGGUAACCAGGAAGCUCCUGAAAAUAAAAGGAAAUGUGAAGACCUUGACAGUCCUGUAACCAAAAAGAUGACGCUUGAGCCUGGAACUGCUGCAAGGGAGGUCGCCAACGGUGCAGCUCACUAUCAGAGUUUUGACAAGUGGGGAGGUGGCCCAGUCCCACCAGGUGUCAGCAGCUCUAAUCUCGCUGUAGAAGGACUGGCCACUGUCACCAGAAUGGCCUCCAAUGGUGCCAAAGUGGUGGACAUUUAUAGAACUGGAGCCAAGUGUGUGCCUGGAGAAACUGGAGACUUGAGGAAGCCUGGUGCUGCAUAUCACCAGGUAGGGCUGCUCCGAGUAAAGCCAGGCCGGGGAGACAAGACUUGCUCCAUGUCCUGCAGUGACAAGGUGGCCCGAUGGAACGUCCUCGGAUGCCAAGGAGCACUGUUGAUGCACUUCCUGGAAGAGCCCAUCUACCUGUCAGCUGUGGUCAUUGGGAAGUGCCCAUACAACCAAGAAGCCAUGCACAGAGCACUGAUGGGGAGGUGUCAGAAUGUCUCAGCUUUACCCAAAGGCUUUGGAGUUCAAGAACUGAAAAUCCAGCAGUCAGAUUUGCUAUUUGAACAGAGCCGCUGUGCAGUGCAGGCAAAAAGGGCCAACAGCCCAGACCGACUUGUUCCUUGUGGGGCAGCCAUCAGCUGGAGUGCAGUUCCUGAGCAGCCACUGGAUGUUACUGCUAAUGGCUUUCCACAAGGAACAACAAAGAAAGGAAUCAGAAGACUUCAGGCCAGAUCCCGAAUCAGCAAAGUGGAACUCUUUAGAUCAUUCCAGAAGCUGCUGAGCAGUAUUGCAGAGGACAGGUGGCCAGAUUCCCUCAGGGUGAAGAAGCCAGAGACCUACCAGGAGUACAAGGAGGCUGCGUCUUCUUACCAGGAAGCCUGGAGCACACUCCGGAAGCAGGCGUUUGGAUUCUGGAUCAGAAACCCGCCAGACUACCACCAGUUUAAAUGAGAAAAAAACGUUUUCAAAAUGCUUGUUGGUAUCAGGACCCUUCACAUUGAACUUCCUUCUUCCUUCAUGCUGGACAAGACUUAGCUUUUCUGAUGGAUAAAUCAGGGGGAGGAAAAAAGCCUUCUGCCAGAGCCCUGUAUCUCUUUUGUGUAAUAUAGAUGGAAUCUGAAACAUAGAGCAAUCUAUACUUGAUUGAAGUAGCUCUCUGCUAAAAUGGCAUCUCACUAAUGACCUUGGUAUCUGACUUCAUUUGUGUUUUAUCGCUCUCUAAAAUAUGAAAUUAGAGUUUGGAACAUGACACUUUAAAAAUACUCUGCAGCAGCUCUGUUUGUGUUUCUGCAUUGAUCCAGCAAAUAUUUAUUGAACUGAAAUGUUGUUUGAAUCUCUGCAAGCUUUAUAGCUUCAUCUGGCAUAGUGAACAUAUACUUUGUAUUCCCAGCCUUUCUUCCUUUGGAGAGCCAUUCUUUUUCCAUUUUUCAGUAAUACUGCUCAAUCCAUCAGACUUGGUUGAAGCUAACCUUACUCCCUGGCUCCAGGACUGAGCCUGUGAGCCAGCCCUGAACAGUCCUGAACUUGUUCUCAGAGCUAUCAGGAAAGAUUCUCUUUUGAUCCAGAGCUGUAAGAGUCACAUAAUCUUGGAACUGCUGAUGGUCAUCUUUUUCUACCACAUAGAUACAGCCAGCUGAGAAUGAAGGCAACAAAGAAAGAAACAGCCAAGGGAAUCAAAGCUCUAGUGAUGUUGUUUGGAUGCCUGAAGCCAGUGCCCAUUCUGGACUUCAGUUAUGUGAGACAGAUUCCUGUUGUUGUUUUGAGUAAGCCUGUUUGAGUCAGUUUUCUUAUUUCCAACUGAAAGAGUUCUGUGUAAAAGGCCAAAAGUCCCUACAGCAAAUCAGCAACAGACCUUGCAACUUGUUUUGUUUUAACUAACAUCUAAUAUGUAACUCCCAACUACUUCAUGCCUUGAAUGACUGGCUGAAAAUGGAAACUUUCCAUGUUGGGGUUACUCAAUGUACUUGUUGGUUCUUCAGCAUUUUUCAUAGCUUUAAAUAAAUAAUAGCUUUAUUGAAAUUAAAA